AUGCCAGCCGAGGCGCUCCGCCCUCUCCCGCCCUGGGUUAACCCCGAGCCCUGCAGAGGAGCCGGGACAGUCGCCCAGACCCGACGGAUGGAGGACGUGCGGGAAGGACCGGCGCUCGGUGGCGGGAUGGAGGAACCCGCGAGCCCCCAGGAGCCGCCGUCGCCGCCGCCCCCGUCGCCGCCGUCGCCCGCGGCCCCCGAGACCCCCGGGCUCCCCGCGCCUGAGCAGCCGACCGAGGCCUACGCACAGCAGCUGCUGCUACAGGAGUGGGCGCCGCCGGGCGGGAGCCUGGAGCUGCCCCCGCGCCUCACCUGGAAGCUGCUCUUCCUGCAGCGGCCGCUCUACCGCAACCUGCUCCGCUCUCCCAACCCCGAAGGCAUCAACAUUUAUGAGCCAGCGCCCCCUACUGGUCCCACACAGCAACCCCUGGAGACUCUGGGCAAUUUCCGCGGCUGGGACAUUAAGACGGAGAAGCUCCAGGAGGGCCUCAGCUGGACCGUGAAGCAGCAGGGUGUGGACCUUCUGGCGGAGGGCUUGUGGGAGGAGCUGCUUGAUGUUGAGCAGCCACACGUCACGGUCAUGGAUUGGUAUGAGGACAGCCGACUGGACGUGUGUGUGUAUGAGCUGCACGUCUGGCUGCUGGCAGCUGACCGCCACACAGUCAUCGCCCAGCACCACGUGGCCCCCCGGACCUCUGGGAGAGGCCCCCCCGGCCAUUGGGUCCAGGUGUCCCACGUAUUCCGCCAGUACAGUCCUGGCGUCCGCUUUGUCCGCUUCCUGCACAAGACCAAGAACCAGAUGAAGCGCGGUGGGCUGCUGCGGACGAGGGUGACCAACUCCUCCGUGUCUGUGCAGUUCAGGGAGUGA